AGUCAAUCGACGUUCGAUAUCCAGUCGACGCGAUCUACGUUGAUACUCGUCGAACGAUCGACUGCACGGUGUUUCUUAUCGCUGCGUUUUUAUAACCGCGUUUAUUAUCAACAGCAUUCGUGAAAGCACGUGAUCUUUAGUGAUCGAAUCAACAAACGAAAUGGCGGACGUAAUACUUAAUAUGCCAGAAGAAAAUCAAGAGUCGUCGCCGACAAAAGCAGAAGAGAAGAACAUUGGUCCAGUAUGUCAAAUCGAUAUUCAGCCGGAAUUAUUAAACAGUAGAGAGUCAAUACAAUCUAAUGGAAAAAUGACAACAGAUUAUGCAGAUCUUGUUGAAAAAGCACGAAAUGCUUUUUAUAGUGGAAAGACAAAACCAUUAGAAUGGAGGAUAAAACAAUUGAAACAAAUGAGUCUUAUGAUAGAAGAAUGCGAGACAGAUAUUAUAUCUGCUCUUGCUUCUGAUUUACGCAGGUGUAAAUUUGAAACUAUUGCCAUGGAAGUACAAGUUAUACAAGGAGAGAUCAAACACACACUUAUGAAUAUAAGAAAAUGGGCAGCUACUGAGAAGCCUUCAAAGUCAAUGGUCAAUAUGUUUGAUAAAAUUGAAAUUCGUAACGAUCCGUAUGGCGUAGUUCUCAUCAUAGGACCAUGGAAUUAUCCUUUACAGUUAUGUUUAAUUCCCAUGUUAGGUGCAAUUGCUGCUGGAAAUUGUGUUAUUCUUAAGCCAUCCGAAGUAUCUCCAGCUACGUCACAAACUCUGUCAAAAAUUAUGCCAAGAUAUUUGGAUACAGAUUGUUUCCACGUAGUACUAGGAGGUGUUUCUAAUACAACAGAAUUGCUCAAACAAAGAUUUGAUUAUAUAUUUUAUACAGGAUCUACCACUGUCGGAAAAAUCAUUCAUCAAGCAGCAAAUAAAUUUUUAACGCCUGUGACGUUAGAACUUGGUGGCAAAAGCCCAGUAUACAUAGAUAAUACAGCAGAUUUGAAUAUAGCCGUGAAAAGAGUACUCUGGGGUAAAUGUAUUAAUGUUGGCCAAACUUGUAUCGCACCCGACUAUGUACUCUGUACUCCCGAAGUGCAAAAUAAAUUUAUAGAAGAAGCAGAACGAGUUUUAAAGGAAUGGUAUGGUAAUAAUCCGAAGGAAAGUCCAGAUUUAGCGCGUAUAAUUAACGAGAAUCAUUAUCAGCGACUUGUAAAAUAUUUAAGUGGAAAUGGUAAAAUAGCGAUGGGAGGAACCUGUGAUCCUGUCGAAAAAUAUAUUUCACCGACUAUACUUGUUGAUGUUAAACCUACAGAUUCCAUCAUGCAAGAUGAAAUAUUUGGCCCAAUAUUACCAUUUGUAAACGUGAAUAAUGCUUAUGAAGCAAUUAAGUUCAUAAAUAGCCGGGAGAAGCCAUUAGCAUUGUAUAUAUUUAGCUCUGAUGACAAAAGUAUAUCAUUAUUUCUUCGCAAUACAAGCAGUGGUGGUACUUGCAUUAAUGAUGUAAUGAUGCAUGCAGCAGUUGACACUUUGCCAUUUGGUGGAGUUGGAUCCUCUGGUAUAGGAUGUUAUCAUGGAAAGUAUUCUUUUGAUACGUUUGUACACAAAAAAGGCUGCCUUAUUAAAAAUUAUAAUAAAUUGGUAGAAACGUUGGGGUCGUGUCGUUAUCCACCAUACUCGGAAUCAAAAUUAUCUUUCUUAGAAAAAUUGUUGGCAAAACGACCAGGCAUACCAGGAAUUAAGUACAUUCCCCAUCUUUUAGCGUUUGGUUUGGGAAUUCUCGUCACCUUCGGCGUUACAGCCGCUUUGAAGGCUCAAGAAGAUAAUUUGUAGUGGAAUCUUCACAAUAUCGUUACAGAGAAUAUGUUGUUGAAAUGUAAUUACAAAUUUACGAACGUUAUUCAUGUUGCUUCAAUUUUGUAGCUAGCGUUUUUCUGUUUUUAUACACACACUUAUAAAAAUAUCACUUUAAUUUUUUUACCAUAAUGUAAAAUAUUUGAUUGAAAGUGGUUACCUUGCAGCCGCAUUUCAUUCCUGGAACAUCGAUUAUUUGAAUAAUACUAAACAGAAAUUUGAUUAGUCUAAAUAUGAAGUUUCUUUUAUUUAUAAAUAAAUUGCAGUCAGUGCUAAAAUAAAUAUAGGCAUUACGUACGUGAAUCUAUAAAACAAUACACGGAACCGUGCAUUGUAAUGUUCCCUCUGUAUAUUCAUAUAUUACAUUCAAAUAGUCAAUGUUCGCAUUUAUAUGUAUACCGUAAAUACUGUACAGAAAUAUAAGAAUUGUAUAGUAUGAUUUAUA